AUUGGCAUGCAGUGACCUCUGAUCUGACUUAAAGCCUGUAAAGUUCCUGAGAUGCUAUCGUGAGGAAUGAAAGUUAAUCUGAUCAUUUGUUUGGCGUCAUAUCUGCUAGUAACAGCUUCAAGAAUUUGCAGUGCUGGAAUUCUUCAAUGGAAGCCAUAUCACAGACCAGUAAACUACCGAGCACUGUCUGUUGAGAAUCCUCUACAAGUUACUGUCAAACUGAAGGGCAACAACUCUUCUCAAGUCGAUACUGUGUUCACAUACAAGGCUCAAUGGUUAUCCUGCGACAGUGGAGUCUCACUAAACUACACUUUAUCAGUCCAUAGCGCCGAGCUUGGCUUAUUGAGGGCAGAACCAGUCAGGAUACAAAAUUGUGAUUCUCCAUUUGAACUAACUCUCAAUAAUCUGGGGAGGAACAAACCUUAUCAUGCAUACCUUUCUGUGAAGAGUGAUGAUAAUACUUAUUCCUUUAAGUCUAAAGAAGUUUAUUUUACGACCACAGCUGUGCAGUCCGCAUACAUCAUAAAAGGCAACCACCAUAUUCAGAUUGUAUGUUUACUCUCAACUGGUUCUACUGCUAGAGGGUGUAAAAUCAAUGUGCAGUUUAAAAGCACUCAGACAAAUGCAGGAGUAGAGACUCAGUUGUUCGAUGUGCAUCGCUCACAAUCAAUGGCUGCCCUGCGAUGUAUUCGGUUGCCUAGGACGGUGACAGUGAGUAAUGUGGAGGUAUUCGAUUGGAUGGAGGAUGGAGAUAUGGGGACGGUGGCGGUACCUUCAACAGUUAUUGAGAGUUUAUACACACCCUGUUUUGUAGAAUCAGAUUCUUCCAAGGCAUGGAAAGAAAUGUCUCACAUGAUACUCUUCAUAGUGUCGGCUACGUUUAUGGUCUUAGGUAUGGCUAUCAUUUCAAUUGGAAUGAUCUGCCGUCUAUGUCGUGUGCAUCGUUUCCACAGUAAUGAGUUCUAUAAACCUAUUCAAGAUGGUUCCAGGAACUCGAGACAUCUUAAUAAAGCAAACUUCAGCAUACAAGAAUUCAUUUAAAAUCAAGAUUGGAACACAUGCAUGGAUGCAAGACAUAAUUAAUCAUCAUUACUGUAUAACGUAUCAUUCAAAAGUAUA